CGAGCGACGGGUCGACCUUCUGCCAAAACUGGAUGACAGCGUCCCUGCAGAGCAAGUCGACGUCGUUACUUGAAAGGCUGACCGCGUGUGGCUCUGGUAACAUCGACGUUUCAAUGAACUAGAGGACCGUGUUGAAUUAGUCAUCGACGUUUCUUUCCUGGCGAAUACCGUUAUGCCCGGCACUGGCGCGCGCUAGACGAACGAAGUAAUUAUUAGUUCAGUUGGCAACUCCAACGACCGAGUAAAAAUUGCUGCCGCCAACGUUCUCCAAUACGGUCAGGAAGUUGUGAAUGGAGCCCCAGCGUGAGCCACCGGCGACGGCAGAGGAGCGCAGGCGAAACAUAGACAACGUCCUGUUGCUGUUUCUGGAGACCAACCUGCUGCCACCUAUGCCUUCUUUGCCACAAGAGCAUCGUAGCAGCUCCUCAUCUUCCCGCAACAGGUCAGCAACUCCACAUGCCGCAUUUGCGGAAAAUCUUUUGCAACAGGUAAACGGACUCUUGUCAUGGCCAACAAAGGAAGAGUGCAUAGCUCGGUACUUGGCAAUAAUGAAGGAACGACGUCCAAUGAGAUCUGGCGGGCCUUCACCGCCAGUCGCUCGCCCCGCUCGCUUUGGACUCAAGCCUCCUGUACAUCCUAUGGAGCCAAGAAGGCUGACGGCCGCUUCGAAGUCCCGCAGUGGCCGGCAGUCCGCCACAAGACCAGAGUCAGUGGAGCCUUCCGUCAGUCUCGACGAUGCUCUUCCCCGGACAAGAUCGUUGACUGGCCUAGGACCAACCGUGCAGCCUAGGAUACAGCAAGACACCUCUGUAAAGAGCUCAGCAGCGCCUACGAGCAACCCACAUGUCGCCAGGCCUACAGUACCUGAAGCACCGGAUGGUAAUGCCCCGAUAGCCUCGUCAUUAGUGGACUGGACACGUCAGCCAGCUGCAGCCAGACUGGGCUUCUCCGCUCGACACGUUGUGAAGGAGUAUGCGACCAGGGCAAAAGAGAUGAGCCGCCAUGCCGAAGGUGAUGGACGCAGUGUGCUGAUCGUUGUCUCAGACAACAGCCACGCAGAAUCAGUUCCAGUCCGUGAGUGCUUUAGACUGCCUGUCAACCUGUUCCGCGAGAAGAUGCCCUUUUUCGCCGACUGGGACCUACGCCAGAGGCAGCCGCCUGGUGCAGGAGAUGAUCUCCCCUCGACUCGCUCCUCUACAGCACUAAUCCAGCCACCGGCUGUUGCUGGCAAGGCCGCUGCCGCUGAGGAGCCUCAACACAUCAGCGUGAUAUGCAACAUUGAGCUGUUCACCUGGCUAUUGCAGUACAUACACGCUGGCAGAGAAAGUCUGAAGGAUGGCACGAUACUGGACAAACCCCAACUAGACCUGGAUAACGUCACAGCUGUCUUGAGAUCGUCACUUCACUUGAAAAUGGCUGAAUUAGUAGAUGAGUGCGUCUCGUUCAUUCAACAGCAUCUGAAUGAAGUUGUGGCGACGGGUCCACAGAAGGGGACGUUUGACCAUAAAAUCACUACCAAACUGUGCAGAAGGCUGUCGCUGCAUGAUGCCCAUGCGCUUAAGGACCCUGACGACCACUUGAGCAGCAUGCUUUUCAAGUGUUACACACGCCUGCUGUUUGAGCAGCCCAGUCUGUUUCACACCACUGUCGGGAGCAGCGAUACACUAUUCAAAUGUAAGCAUUGCAGACGGGUGAUGACGGCUAAGAUGGAACAGCAUCUAAGCUGCCUAACAUCGAGGAUUCGAAUUGGCAGAGAUGGUGGAAUUGUGUAUCGGCACGAACGGUGUGACGAAUGGACACCAAGCAACUACCUGCACCUUCUCCUCUCCCGCUCUGUUCAAUGGAAGCAGAUCUUCUGGAGACUAUGGGGCCACUUGCACCUAUUCCGCUGCGGCCAGUGCACAACGAUAUUCACAGCAGCCGAGUGUCGAGUGCAGUGCUUACGCCGUGCCACGCGUGAUGUCUUAUCGGCGGCGGGUGCAGAGAAGCAACCGAGUGGUGAUCAGGCUCCCAGCUACGACUAUGUACUUGACUGUCUUGACAGGCCGCAGGGACUGUCCCACGGGAAUCAUGUACCCAAGUACUGCAAGCACAUCAGCUCUGGCUCCAAGCCAGUCGCACGGUCAUGCCAUCCACUCCACGGGUCGGCAAGCAAAGUAGAGCUCCGCAGCCAGAGCCUGUCUCGGAUGUCUGCGCCUCCAUCUGCAUCACUGGCGACAACCCAACCCUUGGCCAGCCAAAGCGUCACGAACACAUCCCGACCGAGACCAGAAACUAGCCAAGCCAGGAAGGACUGCUCGCAGCGUGAGAAGAAUUUCAACGAAGUCAUGUUGCUUGUUGAACAGCUGAAGCAACUAAUCUCUCCAUCUGCAAAUAUGCCAAAAUGGAUGGUGGAUAGACCGUCUGCAACGUGGUAUCGAGACUGCCUGUCCUACAACCCUGACGCGGCAGACAAUCCUACCAAGACACAUGCUAAGACCAAGAGGAAGUCUAGGCCAAAGAGUGUCAAGACCCUAUCCACGUUGAAACAGCAGCCUGCAGCAGCAGCAUCUGAAAAAGCACGGGCAAAGACACAGGAGCCGGCACCAGCACCAUCAUUGCCGCCAUUUUCACAACCAGGUUGGAUGAAAAUGAGUGGGCUUGGAAAGGAAGACGGUGAUAUGGAGGCUGAAGGUGAAGAUUACUAUGAAAGCAGUAGUAGUGACGAGCCAGUUGAGGCACAAGCAGAUGUAGGUGAGGAUAAGCCCAAACCACUCAAGCCACACAUACUGGCGAAGAGAAGGCGAAGGAAUGUUAAAAGGUUGCCAGGCUACCUGUGGAUGGAAGAACUCACUUUGCAGCAGAACCUCGACUCUCUGAGAGAAAACGAUCAAUUUCGCACGAAGCGCUUGAAUGCCCAGCAAGCUGACUCUACUACUGGGCCUGGUGAAAAGCAGCAAUCACGCCCUGUUCGCGAUGCCUUGGGGAUAUAUGGACGUCUCAGUCACCAGUUCCAAGCCCUUCAGCGUCAGAAGUAUCUUCAGCACCAAGCACAGCAGCAGCAACAAGCUGACGGAGCAAGGCGCAGGAAGGCCAGAUAGUAAACGUUCUAAUCCGGCAUCUGAUGAAACACCUUGAGCAAGGUGCAUCAUGCGCCAAUCUUCUACUUGCCACCUUGAGGAACCAGUACCUGCAUUCUCAGUUUUACUUGCGCAUUACUCUCUCUCUCUCUCUCUCUCUUCUCUCUCUCUCUCUCUCUCUCUCUCUCUCUCUCUCUCUCUCUCUCUCUCUCUCUCUCUCUCUCUCUCUCUCUCUCUCUCUCUCUCUCUCUCUCUCUUACUAAAUGAUUUGUAUCU